UGUUUACAGUAGUAGUGGUGGUUUUUGUCUUUACCCCAAAGUAAUAAGCUCAUUAUUGAUCCCGAGCAGGACGAGUGGACAGUAUGAACAAACGUAUAACAUCAGUAUUGCACAUAAAUAACAAAUUGUGGGGUGAAAAUUAAAAGAUUUAAGGCGGGACAUAAAAGGAAAAAAGAACUUUGUUUGAAAACCUGCAUACUGGGUAACGGUCUUCAAGAAGCGUGUUUCCAUGGAGCCUCUGACUCGGUUGCACUCGGGGCGGUCAGCUGUACCCUAGCAUCGCUUCUCGGCUUGCACGAGUUCGCCGUAAAAACGGCCACGUGCCGUAUAUUUGGUCUGUAACCACGUCUUGUUUUUAGCGUAUCGUACGGCAGCUCCACCAUGAUGACUGUUCAGGUUAAUCCAUCGCUACCUGCCGCAGAGGCUUUAACAUCGGAGGGGAGCUCGUAUUACGCGCAGCGCGGCCCUGACGCGGCUAGAUAUCUAGCGUACAGGAACUAUGUGACGGGGGCUGCUGGAGGACAAAAUAACACCAUGGUGAAACUGCCUGCGAUACAACCCUUGAGCAAGCCCAGGGAGUGGAACACCUUGGUUAACGGCUUUAUAGUUGGAGGGUCACCUAACUUGGCCAGUGAGGUCAGACUGGAACCGGAGAACAAUGACCUGAAGGACAUCUGUGGGAGACACUUUCUUUUUGAUAAACCGUGUGCAAGUUUAGAAAGGACCAGAACUGUGAUUCCUCAGCUGUCAAGAAACUACCAUGUGCACAGACCUGGCAACCUGCAUCCCUUCAGCCUCUCCAAGGAGCUUUCCCACAGCCAUUCAGGGCGGCCUUUCACCCUGGGCUACCCUGAAAGAUAUAAACUGAAUACAACUCCAGCCAUCCUCUUUCCCUCCACUUUAGUCCUCAAUGGCAGAAACACCUUCACAGUGGAAAACUGCAAGCUCAGCAGGCCUAAGGUGAAGUACCCUACCACCUACAACCUACCGAACGUUAAAGACCAUCCAAAGAGCCAGUCCUAUCCGGACCCAGUGGUCGGAGCCUCUCGCUCUUUCAUCCACAGGAUAACUGAGCUGUCCUCUUUAGAGGGUGAGGCAGUGAGACAAGAAAAGCUCAAGAAAAUGAGGAAACCAAAAAAAACUCCAUCCUGACAAUCACCGUCUUCCCAGUCACACUGGUCAAGGAUCAAAACCUUUGAGUCUGUGCCAACAACAUCUGAAGAAAAUAAAACAUUUGGGGCGCCAUGGUCAUUUCAGUGGCUUGUUCUGACUGCUUGUUUGUCCUCAGUGGUAUUAGUUUUCUGCUUAACAUGGCUGCUCUUCACAUUUUGGGGUUCCUGACCUGAGUUCCUCUCUAUUCCUCUCCAGUAGUAUUUACUGUGGUAAAUUGCAGCAUUUGCUACACACAUGGUGAUGAUGAAUAUUUUCUAUUCUGACUCACAGCUGUUAGUAUUUCCCCACUCAACAUAUGGAUAAAAAAUAUAUUUAUUUUAUCUUUCUAAUGGCUUGAAAUGGCUGUUAGGUAAUACUGCCAUAUUUCUCUCUGUAUCAUGCAUAUGUUGCAGACGCUCUCAAGCUUGGAUCUCAAUACAACAGUGUUUCACACAUUGCAGUUAAGUAAUUGGAAUAUUUAUGUAUAUAUCAACUAGUUUACCAUUUUUGUGCCUUGUUAUCCUGAAUUAAAUACAUUUGUUUUUGUUAUUGUUACUCCUUUUGUUUAGAACUUUUUUCCAUUUUUUGGUCAUGAUUUUUGCUCUUUAGCUUCUAGAGAGCUAGUAAGGGUAACUUUCCCUUCUUUUUGGCACAUACACUGCAUAUCGACUAGUGCGGUAAUCAGAAUGCCUAAACGAUUGCGAUGAAACAUAAUCUGCAUUCCAUAUCUACAAAACAGAUACAAAAUUGUGCCCCCAGAUCCCAGAAUGUGGUACUUUCCCACAUAGUGCAUUGUUUUGUUGCUAUAUGGAGGGCAGCUCAUGUCUCUGAAUAGUCUUGUUCAUUGUAUUUGACAAAGACAGCAGUCAUAAUCUUUUUGUUAAGAGAGAAAUGAGGACUUCAUUAUUAUUUGAAGAUGUAGCAGCUGCAGUCAUCAUGCUUGUUUAAUAUGUAAUAAUUCAAUUAGGACAAAAGAUGAACUUGUUAUAUCAUGUCUUCCAUGAAAGAAUUUGUAUCCCUGUUGUCAUAGUGUGAAUAACUAAAGCAGAAAUACAGCAGACGUGAUUUAAUGUGUGAAUUAAAGUCAUUAAUUUUAGAUGAUUGACCUGUUGCCAUCUGAGUGUGAAUGGCAGAUGAUAGAAAAUGUCAUGAAAAUAAGUCAUAGUCUAGCAUGUUAAAAAAAAUGCAAUGAAAAUAGUCUUUGUAGUAUGUCAUUGAAUAUUAAUGAAACAAGUCAUAGUAUAGUAUGUAGAAAAAUGAAUGAAAAAAAUACUAUAGCAUGUUGAAUAAUGCCAUAAAUACAGUCAAAUUAUAGUAUUUAGAAAUUAAAAAGUCAUAGUGUAAUAUGUCAAAAGGUUUCAUGAAAAAGUCAUAGUAUGUCAUGUUGAAU